AUGGUUGACCUCAUUCUCCCCCGGAGGGCGCGCGCACCAAGCAGCCCCAAAAAGUCGACGUCCUCGCACAGGACAGAUGCGUCUUCCGCUCCUUGGCAGCGACUGCAGGUUCCUUCCGAGACCAACAUUGUGGGAAAAGUCUCCAAGACCAUCAAAGGCGCGAACGACCUGCUACUGUACUGGAAGGAUGGCUUGAGCGCCGAUGAGAGAGCGCUGCUGCGCAAGAAGGAAGAACGCAAACAGAUUCUAACAUUACGCAUGAAAAGCGCCGAAACGUUAAAACACUGGCAGAGUGCCGCCGAGGAACUAGAUCUGCUCGAAGGCAACGACGAGUGGAAGCGCGACUUUUCCGACGGCGACUACAACCCGUGCCUUAUCGAGGAACGGCUGACCGCGCUCGAAGAGGCCCGCGCCAACGGCGACCUACUCACCAUGAUGCACCUCAUCCGCACCGAGCUGUCGCGCGACCUGGGCGGCAUGGGCAACGUCGACCUCUACCGCCACUCCUAUCUGGGCACCAAGACGCUGAUUGAGCGCUACGUCGACUCGGCGCUGCAGACGAUUGAUGCCGUCGUCAUCCACGGCGCCGUCAACAACGAUAUAGAGCCCCGCGAUCUGCUCGAGAGCAUGCUGCUCUCGCGUCAGAGCUUUGGCCGCAGCGCGCUGCUGCUCUCGGGCGGCGGCACCUUUGGCAUGUCCCAUAUUGGCGUGCUGAAGACGCUGUUCGAGGCCAACCUGCUGCCGCGCAUCAUCUCAGGCGCUAGCGCGGGCAGCAUCGUCUGCGCCGUCCUCUGCACCCGCAGCGACGAGGAGAUUCCCGCCCUCAUCCGCGACUUUCCCCACGGCGACCUCGCUGUGUUUGGCAACGAGGAAAGCGACUUUGGCACGCUCAACCACGUUCGUCGUCUACUCACCGAGGGCAGCUGGUCAGAUAUCAAACACCUCAAGCGCGUCAUGCGCACCAUGAUGGGCGACAUGACCUUUCAGGAAGCUUAUAAUCGCACACGCCGCAUCCUCAACAUUUGCGUCUCGACAGAAUCCAUGUACGAGCUACCUCGACUGCUCAACUACGUCACCGCCCCCAAUGUCAUGAUUUGGUCCGCCGUCACGGCAUCCUGCUCCCUUCCCUUUGUGUUCCAUUCGUCCCCGCUGCUCGUCAAGGACCCGGUUACUGGCGAGCAUCACCGCUGGAACCCAUCGCCGCAGCAUUUCAUCGACGGCUCCGUCGACAACGAUCUCCCCAUGACUCGACUCGCCGAAAUGUUCAACGUCAACCAUUUCAUCGUGUCACAGGUCAACCCGCACGUUGUCCCAUUUCUGCCCAAGGACGACCAUCUGUCUCCCGGAGCCAAACUACGCAAAGCGAAGCAGCCGCUCCCCAACGAAUCUGACUGGCUCAACACGUUUACGACGCUGGCCAGGGAUGAGGCCCUGCACCGCCUGCAGUUCAUGGCCGAGAUGGGCAUCUUCCCCAACCUGAUGACCAAGUGCCAGAGUAUCCUCAGCCAAAAGUACUUUGGCGACAUUACCAUCCUUCCCGAGAUUGGCCUCGCCGAGCUGCCUGGCCUGCUGAGCAACCCGAGCGCCGACUUUAUGCUGCGCUCCAGCAUCGCUGGCGAGAGGGCUACGUGGCCCAAGCUCAGCCGCAUACGCGACCGUUGCGCGAUAGAGCUCGCGCUCGACCACGCCGUGCACCGUCUCCGCACCAGGGUCGUCUUCUCCGAGAGCCAGCGCGACCUGCGCUCGCUCGGCGCCGGAAUCUCGGCCCCCUCUGCAGGCAUCCCGCCAACUGCCGUCGGGAGCGACACACCGGCAGGCACCGUACAGCCGCAUCAUCGACGCCGCUCGGGCGGAUGCCUCCGCAGCUUGGGCGACCGUUCCCACACGUUUGGCAUGCCGGGCGACGUCACCGACGACGACACAGUCGAGGAGGAGCGUCUCGAGAUGCGCUCACGCCGCAGCCGCGGCACUUCCCCCGCGACGGUGCGCAAGCCGCGUCUGCACAGGGCCAGCAAGAGCCAGAUGCACAUUGCGCGGCCGAGCACCGCCUUUCCCGCGACGCCUGCCUCCGCUGCCACGAGCAACCCGUUUGCCGAGUUUGACUUUUCCACGCCCCUCGCGCUACCCAGCGAGACGCAGCCGCCGCCGCCGCCACCGCCCAGGACAGACGCCGCGUCGCCGUACGCGAGCACUUCUGAAGACAAGGCCUCUCCCGCACGACGAGGUUCAUGGCUACAGCGCUCAUCUUCGCAGCAGCAGCAGCAGCAGCAGCAGCAGCAACAACAACAACAACAACAACAACAACAAGAGUCGCCGAUUGAGGACGUAGAGACCAGCGAGCAGGGCCAUUCAAGCGACGCAGACAUUGACCAGGCCAGCGAGGAGAGCGAUCCGGAUCCAUACGAUAGCAAAUGGGAGUCGCCGCCGCCCGAGUACAGCGAGGCAGUCAAGGAUGGCAACAUGUUUGGUCCCGGAGGGCGAAUCGGGAAUGGAGCCUGGGAACCACGGCUCGCUCUGGCGGCUUUCGACACGCAUUGGACUUCUCGCGGUUCGCGUCAUGACCCGAGGACGACUAAGAUGCGGUCUGUACACAUCUUGAAGCACGCAUCUCGACGACAAUGCCACGCAGCCGUCGCUCACCGAGCAAGCCCUGCGGCAGCGGCCAGAUGGCUGUCCUCGGCAACCUCGACCGCGCAGGCGCCCCGCGUCUCGGCCGCUUCGCUACCAAUGGGCGGCGCGACAUUCUUCUUUUCAAAUCGGGCGUUUGAGCGUUCGCGGUGCCUCGAAUUUCUCGUCUUCACCGGCAAUGCGCGCGCGACAUCCACCGCGACAGCCGCAUCCACCACCACCGACAGCCCGUCCUCACAACCAGUCUCCGAUGGCCAAUCCCUCGAGCAAUUACCGCCGCAUCGUCGGAGGCAACUAAAAAAACAGCAGCAACGGCAACAGCAACAGCUUGCACAAAACAGUGGCGAGGAUGCGCCCUUGCCACCCGACGCUUCGUCUCUCCUGACGACGCAGGCCGCCGCACAACCCGCGCAGUCCUUUCGGCGCACCUUUUCGACCUUUCUCUCGCUCUCCAAGCCCCGACUCACAUUCCUGGUGGUGCUGACCGCCAUGGUCCCCUACGCCCUCUACCCCGUGCCCGAGAUGCUGACCCCGUCCAUGACCGACACGACGAGUCUGAGCCCGCUCACGCUGCUGUUCCUCACAACCGGCACGGCAUUGUGCUCGGCCAGCGCAAACGCACUCAACAUGCUCUACGAGCCCGAUACCGACUCCAAGAUGACGCGAACAAGGAACAGGCCGCUUGUGAGACGGCUCAUUCCGAAACGGAGCGCCGCCUUCUUUGCCAUAUUGGCUGGUGCAGUCGGCGCGGGCGGCCUGUACUUUGGCGUAAACCCGACCGUCUCCUUUCUGGGUGUUGCCAAUAUCGUGCUCUAUGCUGGGAUAUACACACCACUCAAGCGCGUUACGGCUUUCAAUACCUGGGUCGGCGCCCUUGUCGGCGGCAUCCCGCCUCUGAUGGGCUGGGCGGCGGCAGCUGGUGAAGCCGCCACCAAGGAUGGCUCCUGGCAGGAGCUGCUUCUUGCCAGUGACGGCUCUUCCAUCGGCGGCUGGCUGCUGGCGGGCUUGCUCUUUGCCUGGCAAUUCCCUCACUUCAUGGCUCUGAGCUGGCCCAUUCGCGACGAGUACAAGGCCGCAGGCCUGCGCAUGCUCGCCUGGACCAACUCGGCGCGCAACUCGCGCGUGGCCCUGCGAUACAGCCUCGUCUUUAUCCCGAUUUGCAUUUCCCUGUGCGCCGCGGGCGUCACCGAAUGGUCCUUUGCGGUGACUAGCUUGCCCGUGAAUCUCUGGCUCGCGCGCGAGGCGGUGCGUUUCUGGAAGCACGACGGCCACAAGGGCAGCGCCAGAGGCCUCUUUUGGGCGAGCGUCUGGCAUCUGCCCGCCGUGCUCAUGCUGGCGAUGCUGCAGAAGAAGGACAUGUGGAGCAGGGCGUGGCGCAGCCUCUUUGGCGACGCGGCAAGCGAAGAGGGCCUCUGGGAAGAGGAAGAGCUCGAGGAGAUGGCUGGCAUGACGGCCGAUCGCGUCAAGGAGGCAGCCAAGGCGCUCGAUCUCCCCCGUAGGUGA